AUGAACCGGUCUACUUUUGACAUCCAGCCCCUGCACCGCUUCGGCGGCGCAAACACCUCUAUCCGGAGACCAAGGGAAGUUGCUUGCUUCUCUUAUGAUGACCAGCGUCGUUUUUCGCUGGGCGAUUCAUCCAUGGCUUACUACUACACGCCGGCUCUCCCUGCAGACCUGAACAAGGGCUAUGAGACAUUCCAGAAGCUCAAUGAUGUCCCAGAUGAGCACUUGAAUGCUUUACUUGAUACCAUUGUUGCUUAUGAGCAAGAAAGAGAGAAGAAGUGUGAGGUAGACAUCAUCACAUGGAGAGGAAUGAUGACCAAGAUUCUAACGGCUCCCUAUGAUAAUAUGAAUGGCUUCGAGAUGAAUGCAACUUUUUUUCAGGUACGAUAUCAAUCUCAGCAAGACUGUCAAGCUUCCAUGCUAGCAACAUCACUAUAUGAGGUGCUGACUUGUUCUAGAUUCAUCGAAGAAAACAACGAGUACAAGAACCAACAGAAAGAGAAUCAAAGCAAGCGAGGAUCACCACCUGGAAUGGCACCGCAGGAACUCAUGAUGUAUUGGGGCUACAAAUUUGAAACUCUGGCUGUACUUCGGAAGACGUGGGAUGAAUCAACCCGUGAAGAGAUCGAAGGCCGCGAAAAUCAAGUUGUAAACAAUGCAGCACAGUAUUGUUCCGUUGUCCGUACCGAGAUCGGUAACGUGCGUAUGAUUCUCGGCGGAGAGGUUGAUGCCAUAUGGGACAGCAAGCCGCCACGAAAAGAAGACCCCAUUAACUGGGUUGAGUUGAAGACAUCAGCUCAAAUCCGCAAUGAUCGCGAUAUGAUCAAGUAUGAGCGGAAAUUGCUCAAAUUUUGGGCACAGUCAUUCCUGCUCGGCGUGCCUAAGAUCAUCGUGGGAUUCCGUGAUGAAAAUGGCAUUUGUCGUAGUUUAGAGGAGCUGGACACGGCCAGUAUUCCCGGGAAAGUGUUGAGUGUCGGCCGGCGUACUUGGGACGGAAACGUCUGCAUCAAUUUCACUGGUGCAUUUUUGGAAUGGCUUAAGCAGACUAUCAAUAAGGAGGGGACGUGGAGAAUUCGAAAGAAGGAAAAGUCCCCGGUCAUCGAGGUCUAUCAAGUUGAGGAGCAAGGACAUGGCGAUAUUCUCUCGCCCGCUUUCAAGGCCUGGAGAUCAACCACGACCCCUGCAAGUUCGUGA